AUGUCAAAUCUACACAAUACUUCUACUACUUCGGAGGCUCUUACUAGCCUAGAUUUGAUUGAAGAGUUGACUCUACCUGAAAAUCCAACAAACGUUACACAAGACGAAUUUGAAAAGCCACGAUCCGACUCUAUUCCAGAGCUUAAUGAUGUGUUUUUGAUAAAUAUUAGUGAACACACGAAAUUGAUCCUACAAAAUUUGGAUGGUAAUAGGAGUGUAACUCGCACCAACAAAGAUAACAUCAAAAAAUCUCUUGACGAAAUUAAACGAAGUACGCAACAAUUGUACGACCAAGUAAAAACGAUAUUACGUCAUUCAAUCUCAUCAGCCGAAAAUAAAACAGUUUCAUUAAUCAGGAAUACUAUUAGGGAAGAGUUCUCUAAGUUAGCGGUACUACCACAAAAAAUUACCACUCAGCCACUGCAAGAUCUGGUCAAACCUUCUAUCAUUCCAUCAUCACUACCAUCCUACGCCAAAGUUGUUAAAUCGACAAAAUCUGCUGAGAAACAACCUAUACCGGUUACCAAGCCGGCCAUAAUAGUUAGCUCUAAACAGCAAGUCUCUUCCUCUAAAGAAACCGUAAACGCGUGGCGUAAUAGCAUUCAUUUCAAAAAAUACACCUUCAACCCCUCUGAAGUAAAGCUGGUGUCCAACCACAAAAUUAGGGUUGAGUUUGAUAAUCAAGAACAGCGUGACGAAACCCUUAACGCCAUAAACCAUCCUGACAGCCUUGUUAACGCUGACAUAGCCAAGAAGCUCAAGCCUUUGGUAAUUCUAAAAGGCAUCUACAGGGACACACCUGUGAGUAACGUUCCUACAUAUGAAACGGUUACACAUAAAACCCAUCGCGAAUCUAUAAUUGACCUCACAAUGACAUUUGAUUCUCUAUCGAACAAAAUUUCCAACUGGAAAGUUGUACUAGACGCCAUCCCAUCAUCCAAUCAUAAUGCUAUCACUUUUGAUUUGUCUUUAAGUAACAACUUGUUAAGCAAACCAAAAAAACUUUCAACAUUUAAAUACAAUACUCAGAAUAUAAAAUGGGAUGAAAUUACAGAACAGUUUAAAUGCGAGUUAGGCAAAUAUUUAGACCUCAAUAUUAAUGUAGAUAAUUUAAACACCUCCCAGUUAGAUAAAUACAUUACAAAAUUAGUCACAGCAGUACAAAAGGUUAGCGACAAACUCUUUCCGAGAAAAUCAUCUAAAGUAACAAAUCGAGCACCUUGGUGGAACGAUAAAUUAGAAAAUCUCAAGCAAAAAGUUAUAAAAAAUCACCACAAAAUUCAACAAAUGAAACGCAGUAAAAAAACGUUAACCGAAUUGUUGCUAGAAAAAGAAAACUUAAGAAAUGAAUAUGCUCAAGCAAUUAGAAUUGCUUCAACUGAGCAUUUCAGGGAGUUCUGCAAUAAGCAGGGAAAGGAGGAUGUAUGGAGUAUAACCAAUCGGUUACUUAAGACCACACCUUUGAAGCAGCCUCCCUCAACUCUUAAAACAAGAGCGGGUAAAUACACAAAAACAACAUACGAAACUGCUGAAACGUUUUUAAAUGAAUAUUUUCCUGAUGAUGGACCCGAUACAUGCUUAAGGCACAUGCAGCUCCGUAAUUCUUUUAACGAAACACCCGACACGCCAGCAGAUGCUCCAUUUACUGUAGAAGAAGUACUUGAUACAAUUCUGUCCCAAAUAAUACCCUUAGCAUUAAGGGCAAAGGAAAACGCAACUAUAUAUGAGAUCAAGAAAGGAAAGCCCAUCGAGCUCUUACCCGGAAGACAACUAGAAAAGAGGAUAAGCCCUUACGAUUUGCCCCAUCCAUGUGAAAGGUCGCAGCGCAGUUUUGGUUUAAUAAGCGAACAGAAAGACAUCGACGAAUUAAGUAACGACUGGGAAAUUAAAAAUAUAAAAUACACACAAACGCAAGAUACAUUUGACAACACCCCCAGCUCCUUAACAUUAAACCUUAGUGAACAUCUACAGCCCCUCACCGAACGUCUGGAAGCAGUUUCGUCGGAGCUAAAAACCAUACGUGAACUUCAGAAGAAAACGCCACCACCGGCGAUAAGCCUUAGUACGGAGCUUGCGCUGGCAGAGAUGGCCAAUAGUACCAAAUCAAUUCCGACAUAUACUCAAAAAGUGAAAGAAAAGCCUGUAUUGAGGCCCAACCACACCUUGUUCGUUUCGUCGACGGAUCCCAACAAAACAGGUGAGAAUGUCAUUGAAACGAUCAGGAAAGCACUUGAUAUAAAGAGGACUGGAGCAAGAGUAGAAAAGAUAAGGAAAGCAAGGAACCGAAAGGUUGUUUUAAGCUGUGGCACUAAAGAAGAUCUGGACCUGAUAAGAAGUCAGGUUAAGAAAAAUGAAACACUCAAGGCAGAGACUCCAAAAAUGAGUAAUCCACUUAUAAAAAUAAAAGACGUAUUAUCAUAUCAUACUGAUGCCGAGAUCGUGGAACAGCUGGGAGCACAGAAUAAGCAUCUGUUCCAGGAUCUCAAGGCGACUGAAAACGUCAUGAGGGUUCGGUACAGGAAAAGGGCGAGAAACACGCACGAAUGUCACCCAAUCGUAGAACUCUCUCCAACACUGCACCGGCGUUUCUUAGAAGCCGAAAAAAUCUAUAUAGGCCUACAAAGAAGACCGGUAGAAGACCAAUCCCCCUUGGUGCAGUGCACAAAAUGUCUGGGCUUCGGUCACACCAAAAACAUUUGCCAGGAAAAAGAAAAUCUCUGCAGCUAUUGUGGAGAAAACCACCCCUGGGAAAAAUGCACAAACAGAUUAGAAGGAAAGGCUCCUAACUGCAAGAACUGUUUGAGGGCACAUGGCAAAAACUCAGUUUCCCCACACAAUGUAUUUAGCAAUGAGUGUCCUGAGAAGCAAAAAUGGGAUAGCAUAGCGCGGGAGCAAGGGAAAGGGGGAGUUUCAAUAGCCCUCGUACAAGAACCAUACGUGGGCAAAAGUGGUGAAAUGAAGUUGACCACCGGUACAAAAAUCAUCCAGUGCACCCUUAAGCGCCAAAAACCCGUGAAAGCGGCAAUCAUCAUUUUCGAUGACAGAUUGGGGGUCAUACAUGACCCGCAAUUGGUGACCGAAACAGAGGUGGCGGUACUCCUGAGGGCAGGAAAGAUGAGAUUAGGAAUAGUGUCUGUCUACUACGAAGGAGACCAAGACAUAGAGCCCUACUUGGUACGCACAAAAGUGGCUUGCGAGAAACUCCAAACCGAAAACCUUCUGGUCGGUGGGGAUGUCAACGCUUGGAGCCACUGGUGGGGAAGCAGCCAUGAAGACCAAAGAGGUGCAGCUUACAACGCCUUCCUAAACGAAAUAGAGCUCCACAUUCUCAACACCGGAGACGCACCAACAUUCGAGACGUAUAGGGGAAACAAAAAAUACACAAGCGUUGUUGAUGUCACAGCGUGCAGCUUGUCGCUACUAGGAAGAAUAGACGGCUGA